AAAUAUAAUUUACUCACCGGAAUACCGCAGCCUUGUUUUUUAAUCACCGGAACACAGUUCAUCUCCUUAUCUUUUCUCAAACAAACUCUGACUUCAAUCAAAUUUAAAUGAAGAAGAAUUUGCUUUGAAAAAGAAAAGAAAAACCCUUUCUUGAGUUUUGAAAAUUGUGAGACUCUGGGGGUUUAGAAGGAAAGCAGAAUGGGCUGUGUUGGAUCGACGCCGGCCAAAGGAGACGGGAAUGUGAAAAUGAUCCGGAAACCAAAACCCUGGAAACAUCCUCAGCCGAUAACGAAGUCUGAAUUUGUGCAGAUGCGUGAAGAGUUUUGGGACACUGCACCUCAUUAUGGCGGCAAGAAAGAGAUCUGGGAUGCACUUCGAGCUGCUGCUGAAGCUGAUUUAACCCUUGCUCAAGCUAUUGUGGACAGUGCUGGGGUCAUAGUGCAAUCUGCUGAUUUAACUGUCUGCUACGAUGAAAGAGGUGCCAAGUAUGAACUACCAAAGUAUGUUUUGAGUGAGCCGACCAACUUGAUCCAAGAGAGUCGAGAAUAGAGAGAAUACAGAGUGCAAUGUAUGCAAAGGUUGAAUGUAAAUCAUGUACAUUAUUCUCUUGUCUUCUUUGGAACCCUUUAUAAACUUUAGGGCCACUCACUUAUGUUCCUAAC